GUUUGCCCACCUCCCGAUCUGGAAAAUCCUCGAAGAACGGAAGUACCUCAGUGCUGUUUUGAGCUACUGGCUUGAGAUUAGUUUUGAGGUCUAUUAUGUCUGCUGAAAAACGUUCUGUAGUAGCAACUACCCACCGCGUAGUGUACAAAGUUGUGUUAACUGGAGGACCGUGUGCUGGUAAGACUACUGCUUUGGCAAGAUUUAGAACAUUCUUUGAAAACCUGGGGUGGAAGGUUUACUGUGUUCCAGAAGCAGCAACAAUUUUAUUGAGCGGAGGCGUCAAGUUUUCUAAUUUGAGUCAAGAGCAAUGUGAUGUCUUUCAAGAGAAUGUACUGCUAACGAUUUUGCAACUUGAAAGAACUUACACUGAUCUGGCUAGUAGAGACAGUAAAAACUGCUUAGUUGUAUGUGAUAGAGGAACAAUGGAUGCUUCAGCAUUUUGUUCGGAGAAAGUUUGGUCAGAUAUAUUAGGAAAUAAUAGUCUUGACGUUUUUACAUUACGAGAUGGACGAUACGACCAAAUCGUUCACUUGGAAACUGCUGCAAAAGGUGCUGAAAAAUUUUACCAGUUGACAAAUAAUGCAUCCAGAAGUGAAGGGCUGGAAUUAGCCAGGAAACUUGAUACGCAAGCAGCUCAAGCUUGGGUUGGUCAUCCUUACUGUGAUGUUAUUGACAACAGCUCUGAUUUUGAAGGCAAAAUGUGUCGUGCUAUUGAAGCUGUUUGCAAAAGGCUCGGCAAAAGACUUGGAGUAGAUGUUGAUGACCGUCUAAAGGCAUUGAGUAAAAAGAGGAAGUUUCAUGUUAAAAAUCUUCCUCCUACUGAGGUGUUUUCUUGUCAUUAUCAAGAUUUUGAUGUGCAGCAUGACUAUCUUAGUAAUAAUAGCAGAGAUUCACAACUUCGAGUGAGAAAAAGAGGACAAAAAGGUAGCAGUUUUACGUAUACCUUAACCGAAAGAAGAAUUUGUGAUGGAGAAACAAUAGAGUUAUUGAAGCAUUUAUCAAGCACAGAAUAUGCUACAUUGCUGAAGCAAAGAGAUCCUGAUCAUUAUUCUAUCCAUAAGACAAGACGCUGUUUUCACUGGAGUGGGCACUACUUCCAGCUUGAUAUUUUUAAGGAACCAUUUUCACCUAGGUGCAAUGAACUUAUCUUGCUUGAAACGUACACUACCAAAUGUGGUACAGAUCUUGAAUUACCAUCUUUUCUGGAUUUCAAUAGUGAAGUUACUAAUGAUGAAAACUACUCAAUGUUUAAUUUGUCCAAAAAGUGACUAUUUAACAAAGAAAUGGCAUAAAACAUUGUUUUUGUGCAUUGUUUUGAUAUUACUGUUAUUAUUUUUAAUAUUAUAUUUCUGUGAUGCUGGUAUCUUCUA